AGCGCUGAGGGGGCGCCCGCGCAGGCGCGGCCGUGUCGCCUUCAGGGCUGUGGGGAGCGGGCGCUCUGGGGGGUGAUGGCGCCGCGCUGAGGUCCGCCACCCGCCCAUCCCCGCAGUGACGCGCGAAGGGCAGGCCGCGGGUACCGCCACAGUCAGUGUUAAUGCAUAACUGACGGUAACUUAAGGCCUUCGGGCCUUUACAUGCGCAAAGCUAGCCUGCAUCUUUAAGGAAACACACUAACAAAACCCACUUUUUUUUUUUUUCUUUUUUUCUUUUUUUUUUUUUUCUACGGAAAGAACAGUAGUAUUGGUGCUGGCAUUUAACGUUUUCACAAAACGCUUUAAUUCUGGAUGAGGUGAAACACACAGAAGAGCCAGUGGUUUCGUACCUGACCCAUUAAAAGCAGCAACCGCUCCCAUAACUCUGAGUAAUAAUCCCGCAUCCGUUCCUCACCCGUUUCAUCCCAUAACGCAACACGCAAAGACGCUGAGCCUUUUAACCUGCAGCACACCUACAGCUGUUAUGCUUUCCAUUGGAGAAAUACCCCUAAAACAACAGAUCACCACUCUUCUUUCAGUGCAAACAUAAAUGUUACCACAGCACUCACAUGCGCGCCCCUUCAUUCCGCAGAAUGGCAACCCAGGCGGGCAAAGAACCAGCACUGAGCUGCUUUAAGGGUGGAGUACUGGGAAGGAAAGGACCUGUGAGAGAUUUUUGGACUAAAAGCACGAAAAGCUUUUAUUCUUCAACUUAAAUCUGCAUAGAUGCACCAGAAUACCUCAUGAAUGCAAAAGGCCUCCGUCAGUUGCUGCUCAUGGAGAUACAUCACUUUCUCCACACAGCAACCAAUGCUGACAGUAUUCUGGUGGGAGGGAUGGAGGUUCCAAGAAAACAUGCCCCAGUAACAGAGAAGAUGAGGGUGACAGUAAAUGUUCUGAUUUUCGCUUCUUUCUCUGGCUGUUUCCAGGUGUAGCAGAGGUAACAUUGCUGAAUAGGAGAAAUAGGGAUAAAAUAGACUUGGGUUAUAACCAAGUUUGAACCAAUGGGACCUAAAGGCACAUAAAUCAGGGUAUGAUUAGUCUAUUUAUUUCAAUAUAUUUGCAACACGUCUUGCUUUAGUCAGCCCAUGUUGUAGGAUUAAUCUGACCCAUAGGCCUUUUUAAUACCCAUGCUUGAUAGCGUGUGAGGGAACAGCCUCAAGAGAGGCUGCACCAGGUUUGGCAGUUCAGGCAGUUCACCUGUGGUUCAGGUUGGAUAUGAGGAAGAAUUUCUUCUCAGGGAGAGCAGUGAGGCAGUGGCACAGGCAGCCCAGGGAGGUGGGGGAGUCACCGUCCCUGGAGGUGUUCAAGAACUGUGUGGAUGUGGCACUGAGUUGCACGGUUUAGUGGUAUAGUGGUGAUGGGUUAAUCGAUCAAUUAGAUGAUCUCAGUGGUCUUUCCAACCUUAAUGAUGGUAUGAUUAGAUUUGUCUAAGGGACUGAAGGGAUUUUAACAAUUUAGACAGAGGUGGGCUACGAAGUACUGCACUGAAUCGAGGGCAAAUUACAGAAAACAAAAGAUCAACAAAUCCAAACCAGAGAGAGAUCCCAUCACUGACUCGGCAAGGAGGGACAACCGAUUGUCACAGUUUCUUUUUACACUGUAAACCCUGAUGCAAAACUCGGGCUAGACAAGACAGGAGCAGUUAGGGCAGUUAGAGAUGGGUGGGACGAUGCACGGGGUUGUGAAGUCACGCCGGGGUUCCGAUCACGGCAACCAGCCCACCAAAACCAACACAAAACUCUUCGAGGCGCUCUUGCGAGGGUCAACAAGUGAGGAGAGCGGACCAAAAGCUGUCUUUGCUGCUGCCGCUUGGCACCACGUUUGGCAGAGAUGAUCAACAGCCUGCAAUAUGACAUCGACGAGCUGUGCUUCAGGGUAAUGCGGCUCAGCCUUAACACCAGGCACGCAAAUACACCCGACAGCACAGACAAGCGGUGUGAGCAGACUGCAGAGCGAAAAGAGCGCUCAACAGAGAAAGGCUGUUCAAAGAGACGCUCGGUGGAGAAGAAGGCAGAAGAUCAGCCACCACGACAGCACAGCCAACAUCCACGGCCACCUGGGCAGAAGCGGAAGCAAUACAACGACAGCCCAGAAAAUGACAUCAGCCUUGGGGACAACAGUGCAGGCAAAUUGGAUGAGGAAUUUGUCCCAGUGGCCAAGAAGAGGUGCAGAGGCUUGCCUGCAUUCGAACCAUCUGUGCAUGCAAAUAGCCUCUCCUGCAGCAGCUCAAACAAGGCUCAGCUGAGCUGUGCUUCAGCUCCACCUCUUGCUGCCCAACAUCACACAGGGCAAGAAAGCUGCCAGGCAGAAGGUCCCAACACGGGCAAAAAGGACAGGUUCCAGCCUGAACCUCUGCUACCCAAACCGGCAGAGAGGGAAAAACCAUCAGGCAAACGCAAGUGCAAGACAAAACACCUCAAUGUGCAGGGGAGCAGGAAAAGAUCAUUUCUGGCAAUGGACGACCCCUUCGCCAUCGAAGACACCCGAGACAUGGUCGCAGUGCCAAAAAAGUGGAUGAGAUUAGUAGAGCCCAUUUUACAUCAUGGCUCCUCCCCUGCCAUAACCAACCAGCAGAGGUUGCACAAGCAGCUGCAGCAGCCCCCCUCUCUGCCGACCCUCUAGCCUGCCCUGCUGCAUCUUAACACAGGAUGCCUCUUUACCUACCACAGCCAUUUUGGAAACCUGGCAAGUUCUGCAGAACUUCAAAUGCCUGCCUGUAGCAACUCUGCCUCAGGUAUUUGUGCAUGACUGAAAACAACAGGUUAUGUCGGCGGACGAUGUCACUUUCACUGCAGGGCCACCGUGCUGCAUUGGUGAUCCACUCUGCUUCUGUGACAAAGAACAGCGCAGUAUUAUUUCUACGACUUAAAACUGUUAAACUUCUGACAUUUGGCCGGUCAAAGUACACUACAGACUGUAGGAGAAAAAUAUCUCUGAAGUUAACAUAGAAUGUAGUUUGAGUUAUUAGCAAUUUGUUCCUUAGCACCAAUACUUUUCAGACGUAGUCUCAGAACAUUACAAGUCAACUCUUUCAUUAAAUAUUAGGGUAGUGGAAUGAACUGUAAGCGGUGUAUAUAAAUGUAUUUGUGUGUAUAAAUGUCUAGGUAUUUAUUUAGAUAAACUUGAAUAGCAAAUUUAGUUGAUUGAUGUUUGUAUAGAAGACCUUCUACUCUUGUAUGUACUUCUGAGUUUUUUCUUUCAGUGAAGCUGUUCUGAAAAGCCAGUAACUUCUUAUUUUAUUGAAUAAAAAUUUAAUAUUCAAAAGCUGUAUUUGCAACAUGACUAUACAGGGAGGGGGGAAGAAACACUGCAAUCCUCCAGGCCUCCACUUUCUUGGGCACCAAAUUUCACCGUGCUCAAAGGAAAUUUACAUGGGUCAGGGUCACCU